AUGAAGGCCAUCAGGCGUUCACUCAAGGGCGACAAAGACCAGAAGCCACAGCAUGUCUCCAUCACGCCCAAGUCCGCCAUCGCGAUCCUGCCGCCAAAGAAAGUAAUCAGGGCCUUGUUCGAUUACACUCCCGAUCCCGCCAACACACACGAGCUUGCCUUUAGCAAAGGCGACUUCUUCCACGUUAUCAGCAGAGAAGACGACUCUGAUUGGUACGAAGCCUGCAAUCCGCUCUCGUCCAGCGCCCGUGGUCUAGUCCCCGUUUCGUUUUUCGAGGUCAUUGGCAAAACCGAACGAAACAGCGGUGGCUCGGUGGGAGGACUGCCUGAAGAGCGCCCAGAAUUUCACAACGCGGAAUCCUUUGAGCGCAGCAGUCCACCCGCGACCGCGAUCACGACAACAUCCGAAUCAGCGACGACCAACACUACCAAGCAGGGUGCGCGCGCCAGAAUGUCGUCGAUUGGCAAGACCGUGGGCGCAAUGGUCUACGGCGUGGUGCAGUAUGACUUCCACGCUGAACGGCCCGAUGAAUUAGAGGCCAGGGCCGGAGAGGCGAUCAUUGUCAUUGCCCAGUCGAACCCGGAGUGGUUUGUUGCGAAACCAAUUGGCCGUCUGGGUGGCCCGGGCCUCAUUCCGGUUUCUUUCAUCGAAGUUAGAGACAUGACGACGGGCCAGCCUGUGUCUGAUCCACACGAAGCCGUCAAGCGCGCAGGAGUGCCGCGGGUUGAGGAGUGGAAAAAGAUGACCGCUGAAUAUAAGAAUAGCUCCAUCACGCUGGGGAAAUUUGAAGCCGGCGGUGUUCAGUCGGCCGCGGCAGAAAUUGAAAAGAUGAGUCUGAACAACAGCGGGCUGCAUAACAGCAAUGACUAUAAACUUCUCGCGAUGCCACCACACAUCUCCCGCUGCCAGCUCGUGCGACAGCUUUUCGCCCCACGUGCCGGCGAUUUCGAAAUGGACCCAACCAUGAUGACAGACGAAUACCGUCUCUCCUCCGGCUCGCAGCCGUCAUCCGGCCAUGAUCCAUCCCCCAGUGCAUCCCGCCAAUCUUCCCAGGGUCAGAUGAACAACUACCCCAGCCACCAACGAAGCCAAGGGUCCGUCUCGCAAUCCAGCGUCUCGCGCAUCGACCCGCAGCAAAUGAUGAUCCGCCAAGGCAGCGCCCUGACGCAGGCAUCCGUCUCAUCCACCUCCAACGCCAACGCCAUCCGGAUCAAGGUGUUUUUCCAAGACGAUAUCAUCGUCGUGCGCGUCCCUGCCGAUAUCAUGCUGGAGCAGUUGAGAGACAAGAUACGGGAUCGGCUCAAGGUCGAGGAGGAUAUUCUGCUGCGGUAUAAAGACGAGCCGUCGCGCGGGUUUGUGGAUUUGAUGAGCGAUGCGGAUUUGGAGGUGGCGAUUCAACGGAACACGAAGCUCAUGGUGUAUGUUGGGCUGGCGUGA